AUGUUUGUUCCAAGUGACAGAAGGGAAAGAGCAUCCAGUGGCGUACGAAAAGCUGUACGAAAUUAUUCUCAGAUAGAAUUGGAGGCGUUAUCCAUAAUAUUUGGGACUAGAAAAUUUCGACAUUUUCUACUGGGUAGAAAGUUUGUUCUCAGAACUGACCAUCGACCAUUACUGACAGUUUUUGAUCCUACCAAACUGACAAUUCCUACCCGAACAAGUGGGCGCCUUGCUCGCUGGGCACUCCAGUUAUCACAGUAUGACUAUGAAAUUCAAUACCGGCGAUCAGUUGAACAUGGGAAUGCAGACUGUCUAUCCCGUCUCCCAGUUGGACAUGACGAGGAUUUUGAACAGACAAAUGAAUACGAAGAUCAGUCAGAAAGAUAUAUAGCUGCAAUGGAAUCUCAAUUCAUCAGAGAUGAACCAAUUGUUUUUGAUCAACUACAAAGACAUACAAAGCAGGAUCGCACUCUUCAACAAGUUAUGAAAUGCAUCAAUGACGGCUGGCCUUCAACAGUUAAGACCAAAGCUCUUUUGGAUUUUGUUGCAUGCCAGCAUCAGUUGUCAGUGUGUGACGGAUGCAUACUAAAACAUGCAGAAGAACCUAGAAUAGUGGUUCCAAAGGCAAUAAGGGAGCAGUUACUAUCAGAAUUGCACAAAGCACACGUUGGUAUGGAGAGGAUGAAGAAACUUGCACGGAGGUUCAUAUGGUGGCCAGGUAUCGACAGAGAUAUAGAGAGUAUGGCCCGAAAUUGUGAAAAUUGUGCUGUGCAUGCUGAUAGACCACCAGAAGUACCCUUACAUCCAUGGGAGUUUCCUGAGUGCCCUUGGGCAAGAAUUCACAUUGAUUUGCCGGACCAUUUUGCAAAAAUGUUGUUUGUUGUGGUCGAUGCGUUCUCAAAAUGGCCUGAGGUAAUACAGCUACACGAGGGAGCGACUUCAGCGAGCCAAACCAUUACUCAACUUCGUCGCAUCUUCGCAAGGUUUGGUAUUCCAAAACAAAUCGUGUCAGAUAAUGGGCCCCAAUUUGUGUCGUCAGAAUUCAGAACUUCCUGUAAAAAACAGGGUAUUCGUCAUACCUUAGUACCUCCCCACCAUCCCCAAAGCAACGGGCAAGCGGAACGUUUUGUUAAAACGUUGAAAGGAGCAAUCAAGAAAGGCAUGGAGAGCGGAAAGGCAAGUUUGGAAGAGGUAGUGACAGAUUUUUGUCAGUGUACAGAAAUGCCAGCCAUAGCACUACAAAUGUUUCUCCAGCAAGGCUCCUGA